AUGGCGCGGCUCCGGGCCCGCACCCUCGCUUGCAUCAGCCUCCUGUACCUGCUGUCUAGCGGACUGGAGGGACGCCCGCGCACGGCCAGAGCCAGGGCACAUCUCAUCAGAACCUCUUUCAGCAUCCUGCACCCCCGGCAUCCUGCACCCCAGCCUAUGACCUCAAAGCUGCAAAAGGCCCCCUGGGCGCCUCCUGCCGUGAUCCAGGCUCUCCAAGAGCAUAGCCGCCCAGGCCCCAGCGUCCACAGGCCCAGAGACCGGCUGCUGCGGGUGGGCUGCCUGCUGGCCACCUGCCAGGUGCAGAACCUUGGCCACCGCCUGUGGCGCCUCAGGCAGGCCAGCCGACUGGACCCUGUGCCUGUGGACCCAGGCAACCCCCACAGCUAUGGCUGA